AUGCAGGUCUCCUUUGUGUGCUCCGAGCACAGCAUCAAGAGCCGGAGCGCGGAGGACCGGCUGAACCGACAGAAUGCCGGCAGCCCCAGCCUCGGCACCCGCGGCAAGUUCCGCGCGGUGGCCAUGGUGGCCCGCAGCCUGGGGCAGCUCUCGGUGCAGAACGCCCCCUCCUCCAGCGAGUCCAGCGUCAAGCAGCCGGGGAUGAAAUACCGGAACCUCGGGAAGUCUGGGCUGCGCGUGUCCUGCCUGGGCCUGGGGACAUGGGUGACUUUCGGAGGGCAGAUCACAGAUGAGAUGGCGGAGCAGCUGAUGACUUUAGCUUAUGACAACGGCAUUAAUCUCUUUGACACAGCAGAAGUCUACGCUGCUGGCAAGGCCGAAGUGGUGCUGGGGAACAUCAUCAAGAAAAAAGGGUGGAGACGGUCCAGCCUGGUCAUCACCACCAAAAUCUUCUGGGGAGGAAAGGCCGAGACAGAAAGGGGCCUGUCCCGAAAACACAUCAUAGAAGGUCUGAAGGCGUCGCUGGAGCGGCUGCAGCUCGAGUACGUGGAUGUCGUGUUCGCCAACCGGCCCGACCCCAACACGCCAAUGGAAGAGACGGUGCGAGCCAUGACCCACGUCAUCAACCAGGGGAUGGCCAUGUACUGGGGGACCUCGCGCUGGAGCUCCAUGGAGAUCAUGGAGGCGUACUCGGUGGCCCGGCAGUUCAACCUGAUCCCGCCGAUCUGUGAGCAGGCCGAGUACCACAUGUUCCAGCGGGAAAAGGUGGAGGUGCAGCUGCCUGAGCUCUUCCACAAGAUAGGUGUCGGAGCCAUGACCUGGUCCCCACUGGCCUGUGGCAUCGUCUCGGGGAAGUACGACGGGGGGAUCCCCCCCUACUCCCGUGCCUCGCUGAAGGGAUACCAGUGGCUGAAGGACAAGAUCCUGAGUGAGGAGGGCCGGCGGCAGCAGGCGAAGCUGAAGGAGCUGCAGGCCAUUGCCGAGCGCCUGGGCUGCACUUUGCCCCAGCUCGCCAUCGCCUGGUGCCUGCGCAACGAGGGUGUCAGCUCAGUCUUACUGGGGGCCUCCAAUGCUGACCAGCUGAUGGAGAAUAUUGGAGCAAUACAGGUCCUUCCAAAGCUGUCGUCUUCCAUCGUCCAUGAGAUCGAUAGCAUCCUGGGCAACAAACCCUACAGCAAGAAGGACUACAGAUCCUAAGCGCGCCCGA